ACACCCAAGCUCCCCUUUCCACAGCAGAAUCCUCUGUUCAGUCCAGACCAGAAGAAAGCCGGGACGUGAAGGAGCCGGGGGGUGCUGCUUUGUGGAGGCCCGUUAAAUCAUCGAGAACUCUUCCUCUCAGUUUCUUCCUCGGUCCAGAGACGCUUGAGACCUUACCUGACCCCUUUGUAUUCUUCAUCUUAGAACUAAUUCCUCCAACAUGUCCUGGCAAAACUACGUGGACAACCUGAUGUCUGAUGGCAGCUGCCAGGACGCGGCCAUUGUUGGGUACACUGACGCCAAAUACGUCUGGGCAUCGUUUAGUGGCGGGACCUUUGCCAAUGUAACGGCUGAAGAAAUCGAUGUGAUUGUAGGAAAGGACCGGGAGGCGUUCUUCACCAGCGGGAUGACCUUAGGCAAUAAGAAGUGCUCCGUUAUCAGAGACAGCCUCAACAUCGACGGCGACUGGACGAUGGACAUCCGGACAAAGAGUCAAGGCGGAGAGCCGACCUACAACAUCUCUGUAGGCAGAGCUGGCAAAGCAUUGGUUUUUGUCAUGGGGAAGGAAGGUAUCCAUGGAGGGCAGCUCAACAAGAAAUCAUUUACCAUGGCUGAUUACCUGAGGAAGUCCGGAUACUAAAGCAGCCUGUACCCAGCCACCUAUCAGCUCACCCUACCACCCUGUUGCAUUUCACUCUUCUUCCAGUCCUAGUUGGUAGUUACUUUGUUUUUUUCUUAUUCUUCUGCCUUCUCUCCCUCCCAUUUGUUCUCCCAUAUUUUGUCAUCCUUCCCUGCCCUCUCCCCCCCCAACACCCUGCACUGUGUACUCUCCCCCCUUAAGCACUAUAAGUUGAUCCAUAGCAAAGAUGAGCAUGUUGCUAACAGGAUGUCAAAUCUGUACUUAUCCAAGACCAGCAAACCAGUUCUGGCCAAACCCUGGUGUGAGGAAGACUUCAGCUUUGAGUUUAGGAGUGGAUAUUUCUUUCUCUCUCUCAUGGUGCCCCUCCCUCCUGUCCCUCCUGUCCCUCCCUCCCUCCCUCCCUGAUGCCUUUGGAGCAGUACCCAAGCUCAUCAUGUCUUCCUCUUCCCCUGAUCAUCUGUGGGAGGGCAGACUGCGUGCAUAUCUAGACCGACUGUAGUCUCCCCCGCCCCUCCCCCCCUCCUGCCAAAAUGUGUAGUUCCCUCCCACUCUAAGUUUCUUCAUCCUGUUUGCUCUAAGCAGCCACACUCCUGACCUCCUCUUCAUCAGACACUCAGUCUCCCCCCUCUCUCCAGGUUCUCUGCUCUGUCCUGUGUUAUAAAGGGGGGGCGGGGUUGUGUGUGUGUGUGUGGGGGGGGGGUCAUCAGUUAAAGAUCAUGAGCCUGAUGUGUGAGCAGUGAUGUCAUGAAGAUGCUGUGAACCUCCUUCCCACCAUCCUCCCUGACUGACCCCGGGACAUUCCACAGUAACCUCGGCUCAGGCUCUUCACGCCGGCUCGUUUUUCAGCUCCUGUAAUAUAUUUUCUUUUUUUGAGUUAGUUUUUUUUUUUAAAGCUGCCAUUUUUGGACAGUAGAGAUCCCAGCAUUAUCACCUGGAGUGUGUCCACUUUGUUUUUUCUUUCUAGGACCAAGUGUAGUCGAAGCCCGGGUGUUUAUACGAUAACUCUAAAUCACAUGAAGGACGCCUGCUAAGGAAACACUAACCAGGCAGCAACACUAAAUCAAUCUGUAAGGGGAAAACUCUCAUUCUAUCUGUUAGAAAGACUGCAUCUGUACAAACCCACUCUGUGUUAACUCAAACUGUGGAAUAAAUUGCCUUCUUCUCUUUAGUCAGCUGAGCUCUGGGGUAUCACAUGGUCUGUCCACGCUCAGUCCUGCUAACUGUAACGUCCAACAGAAAACAAACACUUUGUAAACACGCCAUGGGAGAUGGGAUGGUUGGAACAAAGACGCUUCUGGUUGUCUUGUUGAAACUUAAACUGCAGAACCUGUGUAUCCUGUGCCAUAAUAGAGAGAUCUGUUGUAAGAUGGAUUUUACUCACUGUCCACUGAAGAGUCGUUUCAUUGGCACCGUUUCUUUUGUUCUAGCUUCAGUUCCACUCUUUAGGCCUUGUGGGAAAUGUGUACUCAAAAAAAACUAAAAACUGUUUCAAGUCCUGUUUGCUGAUUUUUGUUCAUUUCCUUUUUCCUCACCUUUUUUUUUUCUUACAUCUGGGAUACAGUCUCUUUAAUGCAUCUGAUUUCAUAUGCAUCAACCAAGAAAUGCCAUAAAUUGAUUUAUCACCUUGUUUACAGACAGAUCAAAUAAAUUUAUUCCAACCAGA